GGAUCUCGUAAUUGUCCACGAGUGAGCCAUGCCUGUCAACGGUGUCGCGCAAAGAAGGCCAAAUGCGAUCAGCAACAGCCGUGCCUGAAUUGCGUUAAGCAUGCUGCCCACUGUGAAUACGGCAUCAAAAGGCGCAGUCGUCAGAAAAAGAAGCAAGAUCAUAGAAGCGCCAAUGAAACGCCAGGUACUUCCCUGUCUUCCGGAUUUACUGCCAGGAGUCAAAUUGCGCCGAAUGAAGGCGAGUUGCAGGAGCUUCCUCAUGAUACAGCACUACCUGACUUUGUACCUCGGGCCUUAUCAGCAAACACUUUAGAUGUAGUAGGCGAUAUCAAUCAUCGCACUCAGGGCACUGAAUUCUAUGGCACAUCGUCUAACUUUGUGCUUCUCAACCAGCUCUUUUCAUUCGCUAGACAACAUGGUCUCUCCGGCUACGUGCGCACUGAUGUUCAUGAAUUGGCCACACAACUUUUCCCUACCAGCAACUAUAGCCACAACGGGUCACAUACUCGCAGUGAAAAUCGCCUACCAGUUACCAACAUGCAAAAUGCUCAACCCGACCUGGGAGCCUUGCCUCAAGAUCGAGUUUCUAUCAUCAAUAUCUUGUCAAACGAAGAGGUGCCCUCACCACCGUCAAGACCAAAGACGCCUCCACACGUCGCAAGUGACCGACAUGUCGAGUUAAGUGAUGCGGUGCCAAAUUAUAGCUGUACGGUGGAUGAACGUUUGGGUUCAACGCGGCGCGAGGGCCUGCCGGCCGCGCGUCAAAGUGCCCGACCUGAGCAUAUCGUCGAUGCGAUCAGUUCUCCACGCCGCACUACAGUUCACGACGUCCAGGAUCAAAUGUCGGCAUCUACUCAGACUUUGAAAAGAUGUUUGGAAAAGAUGUAUAUCAGUAUCUUCUUCCAAAAUUUACACUAUGUCCAUCCCCUGCUUGAUCCAGUUCAGUUUGAAGAACGAUGCGGGAGGGAAAUGUGGGCCCGGCAUACUACCACUGGAAUAACCAAAAGUUACAAACACUUCUCUGCCCUUUAUAACAUCAUCGUGGCUGUGGGCGCCCUUAUCGCUGGUAGAAGCGUUCUCAAGGAUCUGGGGCAGGACAUGCAGACAUAUAUAGCGGGAUUGGCAGAGCCUGAAGGACAGAUUUCUUCACAGUCAAUCUCCCGUAUGUAUUUCCGACAGUCCAAGAAUCAGUUGGGAGAUGCAUAUGCAGUGUGUUCCUUGGAAAGUGCGCAAACGCUCCUUUUAAUGUCCCUCUACUGUCAAAACUCCCACAUGCCGCACCAAUGCUACAUGUACUGCGGCCAGGCUGUCCGUACCGCUCUCGCGAUUGGCCUUGCAAACGAAUCCAUGUCAAGGUCGACAAAGGACCGAAAAGCUGCGCGGCGUACUUGGUGGUGCAUAUAUUCUCAUGAAAUCGACAUGAGCUGCAGCUCAGGAAGAAGGGACAGUCUCAGGAAACCGCACAGUUAUCAAACCCCGCUGCCUAUUAUCGAGAACAGAAUUGAUGACGAUCCUGAUACCUCAGAGGCUGAGCACAAAAGCGUUGUCAUGAUAAAUGAAAUGGUACGCUAUGCCGCUAUCCUCCGCCGGAUAUGUAAAGAGCUAUAUCAUGACACCAAGGGCCUCACAUUAACGGAAAAGUCAGCAAUCGCAAAGGAGCUUGAUGGCCUUCUUAGCGAUUGGAAAGCCAAUCUGCCCGAGUGGCUUGACUUUGGCAAACUCUCUUUCCGAGAUGAAGAGUGGGCAGGAAAACAAGGAGUUGUUUUGCAAUUGAGGUACCUGAAUGCGAGGAUACUAGUACAUCGAAUAUUCUUGAUUCCGUCCAUGAACUAUAACGCAUCGGAGAUGUCCAAUCAUGUUGGACUCUGUCUGAACGCCGCAAGAGAGACAAUUCGGCUUCUUCAUGAUGCGUACACUCAUCGUCACUACUUUCGCACGUGGUGGUACAAUUCAACGUAUACUCUGUACGCCGGCAUGAUCGUUCUUUAUGUCGUCAUGCUCCGAGCCACUGCAUUGCGAAGUGAGGACCUCUUGGAGGAUGUUAUCAAAGCUCAGAAUAUCCUACAGUCGAUGCAGGAAGCUCCAGUGGCUCUCCGGAGUGCGGAAUUACUACGAGAAGGGUUGGAAAUUGCUCGGUCAAUGAGCCAGCGCGAUGCAGCUAUCUCUGUUCCACUUCCUCAUGGCCAUACGGACCAGGUCGAUGGUGAACCCCAAGGUCGAAGCAACUUCAAUGACUUAGGACAAAACUUUAAUUAUUGUUUCCCUGAGACAAGCUUCGCUGCAAAUGGGCAUGUCACGGACCCUGAAACACUAUUCGCAUCACUUAUAGACCCUUGUUUACUACAGGAUUUUACAACAGGGUUGAACGACUCGGCGGAUAUAAGUACUUCUGCAUUC